AUGAGCGGCGCGCGGCGCAGGGAGGAGCCGCCGCACGCGCAGCAGCACGCGGUGGCGAACGGCGGCGCGGCCGGGCGCGGCUCGGUGUGGGGCAAGGCGCUGCGCAGCGACUCCGCCUGGCACGACAAGGACGAGUUCCUGGAUGUGAUCUACUGGUUCCGGCAGAUCAUCGCAGUCAUCCUGGGCAUCAUCUGGGGAGUGGUUCCCCUCAAGGGAUUCGUGGGAAUCGCAGUGUUCUGCCUGAUCAAUGCUGGUGUUCUGUACCUCUACUUCAGCAGCUUCCAGCAGAUAGAUGAGGAGGAGUAUGGUGGGACGUGGGAGCUCACAAAGGAAGGAUUCAUGACAUCUUUUGCACUGUUUCUGGUAAUGCCUCUUGCUUUUUCUGAGCUGGUUGGUUGUCUGGAUAAUCUUCUACACUGCCAUCCACUAUGAUUGACACAGCCUGCAGCUCUGGCCUGCUAAAUCAAUCAUCAGGAAAUCAAGAAGAUUUGAAUCAAUCCUAGCCUGUAGUGGACUGGUGGGAAGGUGGGGGGAGUCCAGUCCACUCCCUGCUGGCCCAGUGGGAGAGCCCCAACUCUUCUGCCAGAGAAGUCUCCAUUUUAUAUUCCCAGUAAUUAUGGAACUCUUAUUAAAAAGCCAUUGGAAUUUCUGGAAGUGGUUCAAGAAUGCUCAGAUUUGGAACUUUCUGUGACUCUAGUCAGUAACUCUUGAUCGACUCCUGUGUGCUACAGGUUGACUCUGUUAAUUUAAUAUAUGUUUGCCCUCCUGUUGGAAGUCUAGCCCUAAAUCCUGACUUGUCUUCCAUUGCUGUCCUUUAGGCACCUGGCUUUUAAACAGCAUCUGCAGGGGAGAUGGGAGGAAGGCUCUGCAGCAGCCGGGAGCUGAGCAGCCACCCCUGGCAUCUUCCUGCAGAGCUCAGCCUGGAUUGACCACACAGACUGUCUUGUUACCAUUCCUGAUAGUGUUUGGUUUACUUCCAAAUCAGUUGCUGAGCAGAAUUCUUACAGGGUCUUUGCUGAAGACAAAGUUUGAAGCAGUUUUGCUGGAAGGAGUUGUGAUUGAUUUGGUUAACCAAGGAGGCUGAGGAGCUCCACUGCAUUUUGCCAGCCUGACUACUAAGCUGCCAUCACAUACCUCAGAGUUUAGUAGUCUUGAAGGACAGUCAGCCUGGAGAAACCCUUUGAAAUGUUAAGCAUUUGAAUGAUUUUUAUUUUCAUUUUUUAAGCUCUUGAGCCCAACUGCUCCUUGUUGCUAAGCACAGGAGACUCAGACACAACUGAGGCAGCUAUUAACCUCCAGGGCAGGAUUGGUGACUUGCAAGUCAGGCAGAGCACACAGCCUCUGCUUUGGGAGGUGAUCUCUGCACAGCUCAGCUCCUCCCUGGUGGUGCCCUUGCUGUGCAUCAGUGGGGGAGUCUCUGCUUGCAGCCCUUGUGGAGGAUGUGUUCUCCAGCAGCAGUCCUUGGCAAACACGCACAGCCCUUGGUACUGUUAGAGGACCUUGCAGCCUUGGUACCAGCUGGGCCUUGCUUUUCUAAACAACAGCUCAGGCACCUGGAAAGAGUCCUGACCUAAAGCUGCCUUAUAGUGAGGAGCUGGCAGUCUUAGUGUGUUCUUGCUGACAGUCUGCAUUGCUUCCUGCCUGCUGCAAGUCCACAGUCUCGUUCUUGCACGUGGGUGUGUAGAGCCAGGGACCUGCACCUCUAAGUGCUAAGCUAGGGCUCCAGAAUCAGCAACCAGGGCAGGCCUCCACUCUCAGCAGGGAGAGCACUGUCUGUCCUUGGUGGAACAAACACCUGGCUAGUGUGGGCCCUUGGGAUGCCAAGGGGAGAGUGCAAUAGCAGACAGCUUCUGCUACUUGUGAGUUGCCAAUCUGAGUGAGUGAGCUCCAAUAAAAACUGCUCUGUUUUCUCCUCCCUGUCCCCAGACUUGCUCAGUCUUUUAGUCUGAUCUUUUCUUUUCUUUAAGCUGAAAGCAUUCAUUUCCCACAGGAAUUGUAUCAUCUGCUAGUUCUAGGUCACCCUUUCCUGCUGGCCUCUGUUUGCAUCUUAGCUGCUCCCAGCCCUCAGUGACCACUGUACC